UCUCCUUCCACCCACGGCCACCUCCCAGUCGCAGCCAGCCAGCCACCAAGCAACCGUUCUCUCUCUGCAGCCGGUCGCAGAAGCAAGCUAGAUAGAGAGAGAGACAGAGAGGGAGGGUGAUGAGGCCGGAGAGGGGUGCAGGCGGUGUCGCGGCGGAGCUGACGGCGGGCGGCGGCGGGCGGCCGAGCCUGUGGCGGACGCCGACACCGUACCUCUUCCUGGGCUUCGUGCUCAUGAUGGGUCUCAUCGUGGCGGCGCUGCUCGUGCUCGUCUGCGCGCGCCGCAACGCGGCGCGGCGCGGGGCCGGCGGCGGCGAGGGGAAGGCGGCGUCCGUGCGCGGGGUGCUCGUGCCCCUCGACCGGGAGGCGCCCGGGGUCGUCGUCAUCAUGGCCGGCGACGCCCUGCCGUCCUUCCUCGCCAGCGCCAAGCCGCUCGCCUCCCUCGCCGCUCCCCGCGCCGGCGGCGCCGACGCCGUGUAGGCGCAACAUCGAGAACCACCCGCGCGGCGAACAGAGCGGCGACGCGGGGCCAAUUUUGCCGAGAAAUGUUGUUUUCUUUGCUUUUUUUCUUUUUGUUCUUUGGUUCGGAGUUCUUCUUCCGUGCCGUGAGACGAGAGAGCGCCCAGCUGCCGGCGGCGGCGUCUGCGGCGGCGGUUGCGGCGGCGGCGGCGGCUUUGAGUGGGAUCUGUGAAACGAAGUUUGGUUUGGUUUGUUCCGGCAGACGCAAAAGCUUCCAGCUUCAAUAAACGCGUGCGGUCUUUUUUUGUU